AUGGCUGCUGCUUUCAUACCAGAUAGCCUGUGGCAACAAUUGCGCCAAGCACCACCACUGACAUUGCGAAACAUCACCGCCGGUAUCUUAGUGCUUAUCCUGCUUCACGUCUUCUUCAAGGUCGUAUACAAUCUCUACCUCAGCCCUCUAGCUGGCUAUCCGGGGCCGAAGCUCUGGGCCAUCUCUCGUCUACCAUGGAAUCGCGCAAACAUGAAGGGUCGGAUCAGCUGGAAGAUCCGCGAGCUUCACGACAAAUACGGUCCUGUUGUGCGCAUCGCUCCUGAUGAGCUCUCUUACACGACUUCGGGAGCGUGGAAGAAGAUAUACGGACAACGAAACCCUGAGUUCGUGAAGGCUCUUGACGGUAGAGGUAUCGCUCCUGCGAGUAUAGGUGGCCAACGUAGCUUGAUGACUGAGCAUCAAGAUCGACACUUGAGGUUGAGAAGAGCUAUUGAUCCGGCUUUUAGUCAGAGAGCGCUGCGCGAACAAGAGAGUUACUUCCAAGACCACUCUGACAAUCUCGUCCAGAAGCUGAAGGAACGAAGCAAAGACGGACCCGUCGACAUGACUACAUGGUACAACCUCGUCGCAUUCGAUAUCGUAUCCGACCUGGCUUUCGGCGAACCAUCAGGCUGCGUCAACAACCCCGAGCAACCAUGGAUCCAAGCUAUCCUCGCUCGCGCAAAGGCUAUCGUUUGGUUCCAGCUUGCCGUGCAGUACGGCUUCAUGGGUCUACUCAACUGGAUGACGCCGAAAUACGUCACCGAGUCAAGGAAGAAGCACAUCGCGAUGACAGAAGCCAAGUUGAAGGCGCGUGUCGAAGCCAAGGACCCUGGGAAGGAUUUCAUGUCCUACAUCCUCGAGAACGACGAGAAGCUCAACCACCUUGAACUGGUCAUGCUCUCCUCCAACUUCAUCGUAGCCGGCAGUGGUACAUCGGCAGGCGGCAUGUCCGGCCUAACAUAUCUUCUCCUGCGCAACCCAGAUAAACUCGAGAAGCUCAAGCAAGAGAUACGUGGCCUGUUCAAAAGCCGCGCAGACAUGACCCUCCAAGCAGUGACAAGCUGCAAGUACCUGCGCGCCUGCCUCAACGAGGGCAUGCGUCUCUACCCACCAACCCCGGGCUCACUGCCACGCUUCGUCCCUGGAAAGGGCGAAAUGAUCGAGGGCAAAUGGGUUCCUGGUGGUUAUGCUGUUGCCGUUAAUCAGCUGGCAGCCGGACACUCUGAGCGCAAUUUCAAGAAGGCCCGUGAGUUUCAUCCGGAACGCUGGCUAGAUGACGCACCAGAAGAGUUCAAGGACGAUGACCGUUCUGCUGUUCAGCCGUUUUCAUACGGUCAGAGGGCUUGUAUCGGACGGUCUAUGGCUUAUGCCGAGAUGUCACUUACAAUGGCGAAAUUGGUACGGUUCUUUGACUGGGAACUUCAUGACCCUGGUAACGACUGGUGGAACAAGCAGGGUACCUACUUGGUGUGGGAAAAGCUGCCUUUGAUGGUCAAACUGACGCCUGUGUCUGAUCUGGAUGGGUAG